CACAUUGACUAACCUGCGUCGGACAUAACCCAAUAUUAUGAGUGGUCUAUGAUUAUGGUGUUGUCGUGCGAACACUAAAGUCUGGAACUUUGUAAAGCACAAACCGUAGCCAAUAUCACCCACUUUUUGAUAAAUUCAGGUGAGAAGUGUUAUGUUUAGUGUAAAUCAGUGCGUCGUUUAACAACGAAACAUGGCUGGAAUAUUCGAUAUUGAGAUACACGAUGGACAACCCGAGAAUUCGGACGAUGAAGAUGAUGCUAUAGACAUCACAGAGGAUCAGUAUGAUGAACAACCAGAUGUGUCUGAUAUGGUCGACACCGCCUAUACGGAGAGGGUUCAAGUCGACGAAAAGAGCGUCAAUAAGGGGAAAAAGAUCGGAAAUGAGGAUUUCCGCAUACUCAGCGUUUUGGGUAAAGGGGGCUACGGGAAAGUUUUCCAAGUUAUCAAGGAGACGGGCGCCGACAAGGAGAGUAUUUACGCUAUGAAAAUUCUACACAAGGCUUCCAUUGUUAGAAAUCAGAAAGACACUGCACAUACUAAGGCUGAACGCAAUAUUUUAGAAGCUGUUAAGCAUCCUUUUAUAGUUGAAUUAAUCUACGCCUAUCAAACUAACGGGAAAUUGUAUUUAAUAUUAGAGUUUUUACAAGGGGGAGAACUUUUUACCAUGUUGGAGAAGGAAGGGCUCCUUUUAGAAGAAACAGCAAUUUUUUACUUAUCUGAAAUUUUACUCGCCAUUGAACAUCUCCAUUUCCUAGGUAUCGUCUACAGAGACUUGAAACCUGAGAAUGUUCUACUAGAUUCGAAAGGUCACGUCAAACUGACUGACUUUGGUCUAUGCAAAGAACAUAUCAGGGACGGGGUCUUAACGCAUACUUUCUGCGGAACGAUCGAAUACAUGGCCCCCGAAAUCCUCACCCGUAGCGGCCACGGAAAAGAAGUGGAUUGGUGGUCAUUUGGAGCUUUAUGUUACGACAUGCUGACGGGAGCUCCGCCAUUCCAAGGUGAUAACCGCAAAAAGACAAUAGAGAAGAUCCUUAGGGGCAAACUAUUCCUUCCACCUUACCUCACCCAAGACUCUAAAGACUUGAUUCGCAAAUUGCUUAAGAGACAAGUGUCGGCCCGGUUGGGCACCGUCGACGGCGCCUCGGCCAUCAAAGGCCACUCUUUCUUCAAGAACGUCAACUGGGAGGACGUGCUUGCGAAGAGGGUCACGCCUCCGGUGCCGGAGAGCAUGCUGAAGAAGAACCAAGACGACACUUCGAAUUUCGAUAAUAAGUUCACGAAGCAAACGCCCGUUGAUUCCCCGGACGACUCCCUCCUCAGCGAAAGCGCCAACGAGGUCUUCAAGGGGUUCACGUACGUCGCCCCCUCUGUUUUAGAAGAAGUGUACAAAAGUAGCGUGAAAAGUCGUCCUCCCCGGCGCCAGCCCCGCAUCGAACGUAACUUCAGUAACGACGCCGCCGCCGCCGUCGCCGCCCCCGCCCACAUCGUUGACCACAAUUACGUCAACAACCACGCGGUCGCCGGACCGUCACGUAGCCAAUUCCAACCGUACAACAACUCGCGCGUAGGUGUAGAUAAUAGUUAUAUAAAUAAUCCGAGAGUAGUCCGCAACUUCCAGCCGUUCAACCAAUUGGACAACCAAAUGAUGGGUCCUCGGGGGAUCCCCGUCAAUGUGAACAAUCACGUGAUGGCGGGGCAGCCGCGCGUCAUCAACCACUUCCAGCCGUUCAACCAGCUGGACAACCAUCACGGGUUCGGCGGACCGGCGCAUGCGAUCAACAUGGACACAAAUUCGGUUAGGUUAGACAAUUACCAGAGGGGUGGUGGGGGGUUCGCGACGCAAGGUGUGCGCAACGCGAAUAACGACGAUCUUAUGUUCAUUGAUCGGAGGCUUUCGAUGAUGGAUGUAUCUAACGAUCUACCUCCAGUAUAGUGUGGCAUUUUAUUUUAAAGCUUGAUUUAGUUGAAUUUUGUUUACAUAUUUAUUUCUUUGUUAUGGUUACCAUGAACUAGUUUAAUUGUGGAUGUUACGUGAUAACCUGCAAGAGUGCAGGAACUUAAUUUUAUUUUCACCGUAGAGUGUAGAUAGAUCAAUUUUUUGUUACCAUUUAGUAACCUUGCCGCGAUAAUUCUCAUCUUUUUUUUUUUUUUCAUUACGAAAGCUUGGAGAGAAAUGACGUAGGUUAAGGUUGUUGUUAAAUGGAGUCUAUAAUCUAAAUUUCUAAAAUUAAGUACAGUAAAGAAUUAUAGAGAUUACGUUAUUAGAGUUGGAGCACUUUAAUUUGUUAAGUCAUAUAUGUUGUGAAUUGUGGAGUUAGGUGUGGUAACGGUUUCGCUCUCCAUAGCCACUAAAGGCACUACGUCUGCGUUCUAAAUCAGUUUCUCCUAUUGUAAGCGUAUUGUUUUAUUGUUAAUGAUAUUUAACAUAGGUAGUGGUGGGGCUUCAAAUUACUUAGUUAUUUUUGAAAAUAAAAUUCAACUUUUACGACCAGGUGCUUUAUUCGACUUUCUUUCACAUAUUUACGGGAUGUUCUUUUUUUAAGUGUAGGUAACUCACCUUGCACUCGAGAGUAUUUUUAUUUAGCUGAACGAACGCAUGCUUUUACGUAAUAUCGUUUACAUUUUUUAUGAUAUUCAUAAAUGAAACCCCUUUACGAGGUGCAAGAAAAAAUGUGUUCAUUAUGAGAUAAAUUUACACCAAUAUAGACUUUUUUAUACAUAAAUGUAACGUUAUAUUUAAAAAAAUGUCUUUUAGGCACAAACUGCUAUAUUUUGUGCAUUACUAUGAGAUGCAAGGUUGGUUAUUGUAUAGUUAAACAUGUUGUGUACAAGAUGGUAGCGUAAUUAUAGUUAAGUGGAAUAUGUUAUUCAUAUUAAUCUUUUAUAUAUUUAUCGUCAUAACUAAACAAAUUUAUAGAUUUUAUGCAAUUUAUAUUAGUCCUGUCUCGUUCAAUAUGAGUGAUAUUGUUUCUAUUUCGUUCAUAAGGUAAUCGGCUCAAUUGCGGAUGAGUGGCGUUUAUUUACAGAUUACUUAUCAGUACGUUUGUAACAAAACAAUACUAAUAAAGUGUAUAAUUACGAAAAA